UGUGCGACUAACGACGUUUGUGGGAACGUGAAUAAAUGGGAGGAUAUCUAACGGACUGAUUCGGAAUUAUUUUCGAGAAAAUGUGGAUAAAACGGAUUGUUGCACGCAGUCCAAUGUCUGCUUUAAGAUCCGGGGGCUCUCCAGGACGCCACGCUUGGAUCCUUCUAGCCAUGAUACACCUCACCAUGGAUUUCACCUUCUGUAGCCCCGUGACUCAAGGGCCGGUGCCCAAACUCCUCUCCAAACUUGCGCCUCGAUAUAGGGCCGGCCCCGGGGCCCUCUGGGACCCUCCCAACAAGCCCCUCUGGCGGGCCCUCGGCCCCUGGGGGCAGAGGGCCCUGCGCCCGGCCCUGCAGUCAGACAAAGCGGGUAAGCUGCCCCCGCUCACGGGUCAAAAGCACAGAGGGACUGUUCACAGGGGCCCUCCUUGUACAGAAUGCCAGUCGAAACACUCUUCCGCCAAGGAGUUGGACUCCCUGGCUUCCGCGGGGGAAAGAAACUCGGACACGGGCGCCUCGUUGAUAAGGUCGAGGAGGCAGGUGAAGUGGGACGGCUACGACAGGUCCCAGGAAAGCAGGACGACGACGGUGCCCGGAUUUAUAGACUGGGGGCCCACGGGGGGAGACGACGGGGGUGAGGACGACGGCAGGGUGGUGCCCAACUCCACUGUGUCCACCAAAGCCCUCACUACCACCACAAUCACCACCACUACCACCACCACCACCACAAAGCGCUACCCCAAAACGGACUUUGCGGUGGUGACCACCAUGCACCCCAGGAGACAGAGCACAACGCCAUCCAGCAUUAUCAUCGGGGAGACUGCCAAACCACCAAAGCCAUUCGGAGACACAGCAGGUCUGGCUGUUCACCAGAUCAUUACAAUCACUGUGUCUCUCAUCAUGGUAAUCGCAGCCUUGAUAACAACACUCGUCCUUAAGAACUGCUGUGCGCAGAGCGGGAGUGGUCGCCACAGUAACCACCAGCGGAAGAUAAACCAGCAGGAGGAGAGCUGCCAGAACCUGACGGACUUCACGCCGGCUCGCGUCCCGAGCAGCGUGGACAUCUUCACGGCCUACAACGACAGUUUACAGUGCUCGCACGAGUGCGUCCGGACGGCUGUGCCCGUCUACACGGACGAGAUGAUCCAACAGACCCCCGUCUACAAGACAACAUACAACGGAAAUAGACCUUCACCCACCGAACGGCAGCUAAUUCCUGUGGCCUUUGUGUCGGAGAAAUGGUUUGAAAUCUCCUGCUGACCGGCCAAAGUCCCUUUACUUCCUGUCGGUGGGACAGACUUCCUGAUUUUUUUGUUUCUGGAUUCCAUUGGUAAACCUGUAAACCAAGCGAAACAAGCAAUUACACAACAGAACCAACAGCCAAUUUUGUAAAAUAACGGCACCUCUCCGAACAUGAGUGCAGAAGUUUAUUUUUCUAAAAUGAAUUCAGCCGAGACAGUGGAGCAGAUGCCUCUCCAGAUUAUUUUCCAGAGACCGAUGGUGAUUUAAAUAUAUAUUUAGAGCAAAUAUAUAUCACGUGUGUGCGCGCUGAAGAGUAAAUUGAAUUGCACACGUUGAAGACAACAGAGUGUACUAGCUAAUGGCUGCUGCCAGUGAAAGCUGAACUGUGUUACUGAACAAUGUGCCAAUAAAACCACUUGUGCCACGUUCUGUGCAGAAGGGCCCCAUCCAGGAUACCAUGGAUUAAUAAAGACA